UUGACCAAGUUGGUUGGGGAUGGCUGUGGCAUCCCCAAUUUCAGUUACAACGUUCUCAACAUCAAGAACAAGAAGACCAACACAAUCACAGCCCAUCAAACACAUCAUAUCAUUUGCGGCGUCAACAGAAACGCCUCCACAACCAAAGACUUCUAAACACCGCCCAGCUGUUAUUCUUCCAGGGUUGGGCAACAAUUCAAGUGAUUAUGAUAAGUUGGCACUGACCUUAAAAGGUUAUGGUGUGCCUUCAGUGGUUGCUAAGGUCUCUAGGAUCGAUUGGCUGAGGAAUGCAGCAGGUCUCCUCGACCCUAAUUAUUGGCAGGGAACUCUCCGUCCUCGGCCUGUUCUUGAUUGGUAUCUGCUGAGAGUUGAUGAGGCCGUUCAGGAGGCAAAUCAAUUAGCUGAAGGUCAGAGUCUAUCCUUAAUUGGACAUUCAGCUGGAGGAUGGCUUGCACGUGUCUACAUGGAGGAAUUCGGACUAUCAAAUAUUUCUUUAUUAUUGACCCUUGGAACCCCUCACUUACCACCCCCCAAGGGUAUGUCAGGAGUCAUUGAUCAAACUAGGGGCCUCUUGGAUUAUGUUGACAAACAUUGUGCAAAAGCAGUUUAUACUCCACAGUUGAAAUACGUAUGCAUCGCGGGGAGGUAUAUUCAAGGGGCUCGCUUCUUUGGCAAUUCCAAUCUGAGUUCAGAUCCCAUAGUCACUAUUGAGAAUGAUGAACCAAUGACUGAGGUUGCUGUAAUAGGCAAUAGAAAUAAAUCAGCAACAAAUACAACUAUUAUGCGUGCUCGCUUUGUCGGCCAAGGGUAUAAGCAGGUUUGUGGGCAGGCAGAUGUCUGGGGUGAUGGAGUAGUUCCUGAAGCAUCAGCACAUCUGGAGGGUGCCUUGAAUAUUUGCUUGGAUGAGGUUUACCAUUCUCCAGUUGGUUCAGAAGACAUGCUAAGACCAUGGUAUGGCUCACCAGCUGUCGUAGAGAAAUGGAUACAUCACCUUCUCAGCUAACUGGAAAGAUAGGUUAAAAUUCAUAGCCAUUAUUCCACAUUUGUUUAUAGAUUGUAUACACGCACUACUGGAUAAUUGUUGUUUACCCUUAUAUGGUGCUUUUGCUUUCUUA